AUGCCAUCAAAGCCAGGUGUUUUACUUGUCGCUCAUGGAUCAAGGCAGUUCAUCUCGCUUCACCCUCUUCUCUGUAGGUUCAGCAAGGACGAUUAUCCUGUGCAUCUCGUAGUUAUAGGUGACGAUAUCGACGGCGAAGCCGUCAAACACACAUUAGCAUCCUCUGACUGUCCAGCGCUACCAAAUAUUCGUGUGCAUGAUUUUACACAUAUGAAGGAGCAUCAUGAAGAUACUCAUGUAGGGUAUUUAGUCAAAAUCAUUCAACCAAGUAUCAUGAUUCAGAUAAAACCAUCGACGACAAGUAGUAACUCCGUGUUGUUGCCAAUGUACCAUGCACUUCAAACGAUGGCAGAAGCACACAGAAUAACAGACAUUAAACUGCCUGAAAAAGAAAUAGUAAACGCAUUGUGGAUACCCGAUCUCUCGUUGGAAGCGUUAAAAAACUGGAAUAGAAUAGAGAUCAAGAUGGUUGUUAUAACGGAUAGAAGGCCACAUUCCUUAUCGCGCUUAUUGCAAUCAUCCGCUAAAUCCAUUUACUUGGGAGACACGGUGGACUUGAUGAUCCAUAUGGAACAGUCAGCCGAUCGUGUGACGCGAAUGCUUGUCAACAGUUUUCAAUGGCAGUAUGGCCAGAAAAUUCUUCGCCAUCGAAUUCGUAAAGGCGGACUCAUGCCUGCUAUUGUAGAGUCUUGGUAUCCAAGUCAUGACAAUGAAUAUGCUGUUUUACUCGAAGACGACAUCGAAGUCUCUCCCUUAUUCUACGUCUGGUCAAAAUACGCUAUUCUCAAAUAUCGAUACAGUGGUCAUCGCGAAGCCCACCGACUGAUGUAUGGUGUUAGCUUAUAUGCGCCUCGUAAUUUGGAAUUGAUUCCAGCGGGUCGUGUUACUUUUGAUCCCAAUUCUGUGUUGCUACCAGCUGGCCAUCCAGAACAUAUGCCUUAUGCUAGCCAAGUGCCCUGUAGUUGGGGUGGUGUCUAUUUUCCGGAACAUUGGCGAGAGUUCCAUAGCUAUCUAGUAAGACGGCUAGAGGAUCUCAAUUUACCAAAAGACCAUCAAGUACGUCUGAUCAGUGUGCCCAACAGUCGUUCUGAUAAAUGGAAAAAGUCAUGGAAGAAAUACUUUAUUGAGUUGGUCUAUCUACGCGGUUAUGUCAUGCUCUACCCCAAUUUUGAAGGAUUUGAAGCGUUCUCUACCAACCAUGUUGAGUUUGGUACUCAUGUCAAGUCCGAAAAGAGACAAUCUGUCAUUGGCACUUUUAUGGUUCCUCUCAUGCAACGCGAUACGAUAUUAUCGCAACUACCAGCGCAACGUUUACCUUCUUUUGAUGAGUUGCCUGUGCUUGAUUUGUGGGGCAAAUUACAAACAAUGGAUAGCUUGGAACAAGUGGGUAGUCAGUAUCAUCAACACAUAUCCACCUGUCAAAGAACCUUUGGUACCUUUGACCCUCGAGAAUUCUUCUGUGUUGUCGACGGACCUCCUGAUCCACCUCAAGAAUUCCCUUCCUCUCCCAAGAAGCCUAAACCACCCGUGCUCGUGAAAGAGGCUGUUCAACCCAUCCAAUAUAAUUAUAUCACUGAAUAUACAGAAGAAGAAGAGGAAAAAGACCAAGAUGAAUCGCUGGAAUAUGGUCCAAAGCCCAUCGACGUGGCUCAGCUACCCAAUGUAGACGAACGUGUUUCAAACAAAGAUGAUGAGCGACUGGACUUAGAGCAUGAUCUGGAUACGCUCCAUCGCUUAUAUUUGAAGCUGUAUCCUGAAAAGCUUGAAUUUUUGGUAGAUGAGAGAACGAUUUUUGAAGAGGACGAAGAGGAAGACGAUGAUCUACUAAUGAAACUAGCAUAA